CACGAAAGAAACAGAAUGUUUGAGCAAGCAACUCAAUUACUCGGUAUGCUUGACUUACCUAAAAAUCGCAAAACAUCAUAGGCAAUAUUUAACACGGAAUUUUGCGCACGCUAUCUAGGUAACGUUAAUGUUGGUCAAGCCGCCAAUGUGGCCCAGCAACAUAUUGGAGGGAAUGCUGGCGGAGGAGAUAAGGGUAUGCUUCAAAAUAUCAUGUCGAACGUGAUGGGUGGCACCGACAAACCCUCCAGCGCUGAUCAAAGUGAAGUGGACUAUGCCACUUCCAUGUUUGACAAAAUUUACGGCCAAAAUCAAAAAUCAUCGUCAGCCAAUGAUCUCGGUUCCGCCGCCGCCAUGAAGGCGUUCAAAUUAUUUGCUGGAGGAGGAUCCGGUUCUGGAGGAGGCACCGACAAAUUGGCAGGUCUUGCCAUGGGUGAAGCUAUGAAACUCUUCACGAGUAACAAUGCCGGAGGCGCACAAAAGAGCGAUAUUAUCAGCAAAGCCGUGUCCUGGGCGAUCAAGCUGUUCUUGACAAAACAACAAGGCUCUUCAAACCCUGCCUUUGGUGCCUUGAUGAGCAUGGUUGGUGGUGGUAAUGCUGCUCAAGAUGCCACUGCUGGUAGUACAGCCAAAAAGAGCAACAUUGCUUCUAGUAUCAUCAACAAGUUCUUUUGA